CUCCGCGCUAAGAGAACGUCGGACGCUUUGCUUCAGAGAUCUUGUAUUAUAAUACCUUAACAUUCCUACAGGAAAAUUUGUCUCGGUCUCAUAGACAGGAAGCCUGAUGUCUUAGACGCGAUCGUGGGACAGACCGACUUAAGUUCAGAUUCGGCUUCCAGCACGUAGCGGUAUGCAGAGAAGCCUUUUCAUCCAGAUGUCCUCAGUGAUACUAUGGAUGAGUCCGGAGUUCUCCUCUGGGUAAAAGCAGAGCCCUUUAUAGUGGGUGCCUUGCAAAUCCCCCCUCCGUCCAAAUUCAGUCUUCAUUAUCUCAAGAAGAUAUCCACCUAUGUUCGAACACGGGCCACAGAGGGAGCUUACCCACGUAUAUACUGGUCUACAUGGAGACACAUUGCAUGUGGGAAGCUGCAACUCGCUAAGGAUAUAGCAUGGCUUUACUUCGAAAUAUUCGAUAGUCUUUCGGUGAGGACACCUGAGGAGAGCCUGGAAUGGUCUGAGAUUUUGUCCAACUGCACGUCUGAAGAUGAAGUUGAAAAGCAGAGGAAUCAGCUUUCAGUGGACACCCUACAGUUUCUGCUCUUCUUAUACAUACAACAAUUAAACAAGGUUUCUCUACGAACAUCUUUGAUUGGAGAAGAGUGGCCUAGUCCCAGAAACAGAUCUCAGUCUCCUGACCUGACUGAAAAAUCCAGCUAUCAUAAUAAGAAUUGGAAUGAUUACAGUCACCAGGCUUUUGUCUAUGAUCAUCUGUCAGAUCUCCUUGAAUUGCUGUUAGAUCCAGAACAACUCACAGCAUCUUUUCAUUCAACCCAUAAUAGUCUAGUUUCUCGAGAAGCUGUUGUGGCCCUUAGCUUUCUUAUUGAAGGCACAGUGAGUAGAGCCAAGAAGGUUUAUCCUCUACAUGAACUUGCCCUGUGGCAACCACUACAUGCAGAAAGUGGCUUCUCAAAGAUCUCUAAGACUUUCUCUUUCUACAAGCUGCAAGCCUGGUUGAGAGCCUGUUUGACUGGGAAUCCAUUUGGUACAUCUGCUUGUCUCAAAUCUGGAAAAAAAUUGGCUUGGGCUCACCAAGUUGAAGGUAUGACCAAAAGAGCCAAGAUUGCUUGCAAUUCUCAUGUGGCCCCUAAAAGGCACCGCAUGGUGGUAAUGAGCCAGGUUUACAAGCAGACAUUGGCAAAGAGUUCUGAUACUCUGGUAGGAGCACAUGUCAGGAUUCAUCGGUGCAAUGAAUCUUUUAUAUAUCUGCUGUCUCCCUUACGAUCUGUGACAAUUGAGAAGUGCAGGAAUAGCACCUUUGUCUUGGGCCCUGUAGAGACUGCUCUUCACCUCCAUGGCUGUGACAAUGUUAAAGUCAUUGCAGUUUGCCAUCGUUUGUCCGUCUCUUUGACAACAGAUUGUGUCUUUCAUCUUUUGACACCUUCACGCCCACUUAUUCUCUCUGGAAACCAGAGAGUAACUUUUGCACCGUUUCAUACUCAUUACCCAAUGCUGGAGGACCACAUGGCCAGGACUGGUCUUGCUACAGUGCCUAACUAUUGGGAUAAUCCAAUGGUUGUGUGCAGAGAGAACAGCAACAAUGUCUUCCAACUCUUACCACCUUGUGAAUUCUAUGUAUUUAUUAUCCCCUUUGAAAUGGAAGGGGAUACAACAGAGAUACCUGGAAGUCUUCCACCUGCCUAUCAGAAAGCACUGGCUCAAAGAGAACAGAAGAUACAGAUCUGGCAGAAAACUGUGAAGGAGGCUCGUUUGACAAAGGAGCAAAGGAAGCAGUUCCAGAUACUUGUGGAGAACAAGUUUUAUGAAUGGUUGGUUAAUACAGGACAUCGCCAACAGUUGGACAGCCUUGUACCCCCUACAGCAGGCUCCAAGCAAGCAGCAGGAUAGAACUCAGACAUCAUAUCUCAGGACUCUGAACAUGAGACUAAGCAGAGGAUAGUGCUGCCUCUUCAAAAAUGGUCCUGGAUACUCUUGCUGCUAAAAGACUUUGGGCUCUUCUUUUUAUUUAAGACCUUUACUUCAUUUCUAUCCAAUGCUCAUUUGUCACUGCUGAGGUUAAAAUUUACCUAAGCUUCUGACUUUGAUAUAAACAUAUUGUUUAAUGAACAUCAGAAAACGGUGAUGCCAAAAGGAAAAGUUGAUGAAGGCAGUCCUACUAUGUCUACGUUAAUAUUUAAGUGAUAAGAUAGAGAUUUUAUUUCAUAUUUUAAUUUGUAUGGUGAAAAGAUUUCAUCCUUUCUGGAGUUAAAAACAGUUCUGUAGUUCUUUGUAACUAUUUAAGAGGAAAUUACUACUCCUUUUUAAAAGUAAUUGAAAGGAAAGUAUAGUUUGUUAAUGUAUAAAUGAAGCAGAGAUAGUUUUUAUACAAAGAUAUUUUAGAUUGUAAAGUGUGAAACUUAGUGAAAUUAUGUAAAAAUGUUUAUUUUUUGUUUGCCUAAGAUUUCCAAUAAACUCUAAAAAGUAUUUUCUCCUUUUACUAAAAAGAUAAAGCUUUACUUUUAAUUAAUAAAAAAAGAUUUCCAAUAUCA